AAGGAAUACAAAAUCUAGUUAGCUUGAUCUCUUUCGAUAUAGGAGGGAAUCUAUUAUCAGGUGUUCUUCCUAGUGAGAUAGGUGAAUUGCAUAAACUACAACAUUUAGAUCUUGAAAAAACUCAAUUAUCUGGAAAAAUGCCACUCACUCUUUUUAACCUUACUUCUCUAGCUUCAAUUUUUUUGGAUAACAACAAUUUUGAUGGCAAUAUACCCUCAAAUGUGGAAAACUUCAGGAAUUUGAAUGAAUUGUACAUGAACAAUAACAAACUAGAUGGCAUCAUUCCUCAACAAGUUUUUAAUUUGCCAUCUUUGUCUAAGUACCUUGACAUUUCCAACAAUUCAUUCACUGGCCCGUUAUCUCCCACUGUGGGCAAAUUGAAAACACUAAAUGCCUUAGACAUCUCCGGAAACAAAUUGUCGGGCAAAAUUCCAAAUACAAUUGGAGAUUGUUUGAGCCUUGAAUAUCUUGAUAUGCAUGAUAAUCUCUUUGAAGGUAAAGUCCCACCUUCUUUGAUUUCCUUAAAAAGCAUUACGCAUUUGGAUAUCUCAAACAAUAAGUUGACUGGAGAGAUACCUAGAGACCUCCAAAAGCUCCCUCUCUUGCAAUAUUUGAACCUUUCUUUCAAUGAUCUAGAGGGGGAGGUACCAACAGUUGGAGUGUUUGCAGUGGCAACCAAUGUAUCGUUGCUUGGAAACAAAAGGCUAUGCGGUGGUAUACCUGAGCUAAAGCUGCCUCCAUGUCCUGUGAAGAAAACAAAACACAGAAAGCAUUUAAAGCUUAUGAUUGUUAUCUUCACAUGUAUAUGCUCGGCUCUAGUGUUUGCAUCAUUCAUUGCUUUGCUAACAUUGUGUUGGAGGAAACAACAAAGGGUGGAGUCAGCUAAGCUAUCCAAAGUUGAAAAGCUUUCCAAAAUCCCUUAUAGAGACUUGCAUCAAGCUACUGAUGGUUUCUCUGAGACAAAUUUGAUCGGUACGGGAAGUUUUGGCUCUGUUUACAAAGGAAGAUUUGAGCAAGAUGGAGGAGAACAAAAAACUGCAGUGAAGGUACUUGACCUUUUAAAAAAUGGAGCUUCAAAGAGCUUUCUUGCAGAAUGUAAGGUGUUGAGAAACAUACGCCACCGAAAUCUUGUUCCAAUUUUGACUUGCUGCUCGAGUUGUGAUUUUGCUGGUAAUGAAUUCAAAGCUUUGGUUUAUGAGUUCAUGGAAAAUGGGGAUUUGGAUAUUUGGUUGCAUACACAUUCAUCUAAUGCAAGGACAACUGUUUUAAGUGUUCUUCAAAGGUUAAACAUUGCAAAUGAUGUAGCUUGUGCAUUGCAUUAUCUCCAUGAUGAUUGUGAACCGGUGGUUAUUCAUUGUGAUCUAAAGCCAGGUAACAUUCUGCUUGACAAAGACUUAACUGCUCAUAUUGGAGACUUUGGUAUAUCAAGACUUUAUUCACCUGCUACAAUUGGAGAUCCAAUUGGUGAACAAACUAGUACCAUUGGAUUAAAGGGGUCAAUUGGUUAUGUUCCACCAGAGUACGGGAUAGGAGCAAAUGCCUCAACUUUUGGAGAUGUGUAUAGCUUUGGAAUCCUUUUGUUGGAAAUAUUCACAGCUAAAAGACCCACAGAUGCUUUAUUCAUGAAUAGGGGUCUGAGAGAAUUGAAGAUGAGGCAUCACAAAACCCUCUCAUUCUUUUAUUUCUCACCACCUGCUCUUUCUACUCUCCAUCUUUUUGUGUUUUGCUUAAUAUGUAUUGUUACCCUUAUUCCCACUUCCUCCUUUGCAUCAUCACCUACUUUCUACCCAUCAAAUGAAACCGAUAGGCUUGCUCUUUUAGAGUUUAAACACCGGAUUUCUUCUGAUGAUCCCAAUGGAGGAGUAGUUCUUAACUCAUGGAAUGACUCUGUGCACCAUUGUGGCUGGCUAGGAGUGAGGUGUGGUCGUCGACACCCACGAGUUGUGGCGUUGAGGCUUCCUGAGAUGGGGUUGGUGGGAACCAUAUCUCCUCAUAUUGGAAACCUCACUUUCCUCAGGCUUCUUAAUCUCCGUAGGAAUAUGUUGCACGGUGAAAUCCCAGGAGAGAUUGGUGGUUUGUUUCGACUAAGAUAUCUCUACCUGUAUACGAAUGCACUGACGGGAGAUCUUGCUAAGCUUAAUCUCAGUAGCUGCGUACAACUUAUGGUACUCCAAUUUUCUGGCCUCCAAGGAAAGCUCCCUACUGCAUUCCAAUAUCUAGCUAAUCUGAAGAAGCUACAAGUACUAUCGCUGGAUAAUAACAAAUUGACAGGUGGAAUUCCUUCCACUUAUGGGAAUUUUUCAUCACUUCUAGUGUUGAGCUUGGAGCAUAAUCAUUUAAAGGGACCUAUUCCGCAUGAGAUUACGCGCUGUUGGGAUUUAAAUAUCCUUUCACUUGGUGGCAACGAUUUCACUGGUACACUAUCUCCUUCUUUCUUCAAUAUGACUUCUAUACAAACUUUUGGAGUAACCGAUAACUCACUUGAAGGGACCAUUCCAAGUUACAUAGGAGACACCAUGCCAAACUUGGAAGGCUUUUAUUUUUCUGCCAACAAAUUCCAUGGAACCAUCCCUAUUUCAUUUCCCAACGCCUCUAAGCUUCAAAUUCUUGAGGUAUCAAAAAACCAUCUUGUAGGUAAAGUUCCAGAUAAUAUUGGAAGGUUAAAAGAUCUUGUAGUUUUUCACCUUGCGUACAAUCGCCUUGGUAGCAAUGAUCCCGUCAAUGACUUGGCUUUUAUAACAUCUAUGUCCAAUUGUAGUAAUUUAAUUAGAUUUGCCAUUGAUCAAAAUAGAUUUGAUGGUAAAUUGCCAAACACCAUAGCUAACCUCUCAUCCCAACUCCAUUCCCUAUAUCUAGGAGAUAAUAAGAUAUUUGGUACAAUACCCGAAGGAAUAAAAAAUCUAGUUAGCUUGAUUGCUUUCAGUAUUGGACGCAGUCUAUUAUCAGGUGUUAUUCCGAAUGAGAUAGGUGAAUUGCAUAAACUACAACUUUUAGAUCUUUAUGAAAACCAAUUAUAUGGAAAAAUGCCACUCACUCUUUUUAACCUUACUUCUCUAGCUUCAAUUUUUUUGGAUAACAACAAUUUUUAUGGCAAUAUACCCUCAAAUGUGGAAAACUUCAAGACUUUGAAUGAAUGGUACAUGAACAAUAACAAACUAGAUGGCAUCAUUCCUCAACAAGUUUUUAAUUUGCCAUCUUUGUCUAAGUACCUUGACCUUUCCCACAAUUCAUUCACUGGUCCGUUAUCUCCUGCCGUGGGCAAAUUGAAAACACUAAAUGCCUUAGACAUCUCUGGAAACAAAUUGUCGGGCAGAAUUCCAGAUACAAUUGGAGACUGUUUGAGCCUUGGAUAUCUUGAUAUGCAUGAUAAUCUCUUCGAAGGUAAAGUCCCACCUUCUUUGAUAUCCUUAAAAAGCAUUACGCAUUUGGAUAUCUCAAACAAUAAGUUGACUGGAGAGAUACCAAGAGACCUCCAAAAGCUCCCUUUCUUGCAAUAUUUGAACCUUUCUUUCAAUGAUCUAGAGGGGGAGGUACCAACCGUUGGAGUGUUUGCAGUGGCAACCAAUGUAUCAUUGCUUGGAAACAAAAAGCUAUGCGGUGGUAUACCUGAGCUAAAGCUACCUCCAUGUCCUGUGAAGAAAAUAAAACACAGAAAGCAUUUAAAGCUUAUGAUUGUUAUCUUUACAUGUAUCUGCUCGGCUCUGGUGUUUGCAUCAUUCAUUGCUUUUCUAACAUUGUGUUGGAGGAAAGGAAAAAGGAUGGAGUCAGCUAAGCCAUCCAAAGUUGAAAAGCUUUCCAAAAUCCCUUAUAGAGAUCUGCAUAAAGCUACUGAUGGUUUCUCUAACACAAAUUUGAUCGGUUCGGGAAGUUUUGGCUCGGUUUACAAAGGAAGAUUUGAGCAAGGUGGGGGAGAACAAAUAAUUGCUGUGAAGGUACUUGACCUUUUAAAAAAUGGAGCUUCAAAGAGCUUUCUUGCAGAAUGUAAAGUGUUAAGGAACAUACGCCAUCGAAAUCUUGUUCCAAUUUUGACUUGCUGCUCUAGUUGCGAUUUUGCAGGUAAUGAAUUCAAAGCUUUGGUUUAUGAGUUCAUGGAAAAUGGGGAUUUGGAUAUGUGGUUGCACACACAUUCAUCUAAUGCAAGGACAACCGUUCUAAGUGUUCUUCAAAGGUUAAACAUUGCAAUUGAUGUAGCUUCUGUGUUGCAUUAUCUCCAUGAUGAUUGUGAACCGACGAUUGUUCAUUGUGAUCUAAAGCCAAGUAACAUUCUACUUGACAAAGACUUAACUGCUCAUGUUGGAGACUUUGGUAUAUCAAGGCUUUAUUCACGCACAAUUGGAGAUCCAAUUGGUGAACAAACUAGUACCAUUGGAUUAAAGGGGUCAAUUGGUUAUGUUCCACCAGAGUACGGGAUAGGAGCAAAGGCAUCAACUUUUGGAGAUGUGUAUAGCUUUGGAAUCCUUUUGUUGGAAAUGCUCACAGCUAAAAGACCCACAGAUGCUUUAUUCAUGAAUGGUGGAUGUGAGAGUCUCUAUGAGUAUGUUGAGGCAGCAUUAUCGGAGCAAGUGAUGAAAAUUGUUGACCCAUUGCUUCUAGCAUGCCUAGAAAGCAACCUUGGAAUAAGACAAAAUGAAGAGUUGGAGAAUGAUGGCAAUUUGGUGGAAAUUCAAGAGAGUAAGGUGCAUAACUUCUUCAUCUCCAUCUUCAAAAUUGGACUCACUUGUGCUUCAAGAUCACCAAUGGAUCGCAUGCAUAUGAAUGAAGUGAGCAGGGAAUUACACAAGAUUAAGAAGGCUUUCUUUACAUAAAAUUAAGCAAACAUGUCUUGUGACAUACAAUAUCUCCAUGGGUAGAAUUAAGAAAAAGCUUGCUUUCCAAUUUGCCAAAUACAUGAUGCUCUAAAUUUCUUGAAUUUUGAUUUUAACUUUUCUUGGAUUCUUCUUUUGUUGUAUAAUGGGGAACAAGCUAAGCUCCAAGUAUUAUCUAUGUUGUUAUAUUAAAUGUUGUGAUUUGGCUGAAA